AUGCGCUACCAUUUUAAACUCCUUGGGAUGAAUUCCGAAGAGCAGAAUACAUCAGGAAAUGGUUCUGAAGUAGAGGUCUGUUGUAGAGUUUGUCUGCAACUUGAAGAGUUAAUGAUUCAUAUUUUCGACGGUGGAGUUAUUGAAGAUUUUCAAUCGGAUCUAAUCACAUUACUGGAACGCUGUGGUGGAAUUAAAGUGGAAAAUUCGGAUAAUCUUCCAAAAUAUCUAUGCAAGGAAUGUACGACUGAAUUACUGGUGGCUGCGAAAUUUCGCGAGAAAUGCGAACGAGCGCAACAACUACUAGCAGCUGCUCCCUGGGAGAACCCAGCAGAAAUUGCAGAAUGUGAACCAAACAAAUUAGAAGACAAGGACAAUGAAAUACUUUCUACUGCCACUGACGUUUCACCGAUUGCCCAAUUAUUAAACGAAAGGGAUCAUAUUAUAGAAGUUCAUCCAGAUAGUUUUGUAGAAACGAAUUUGAAUGAAAAAAAUGUUGAAGAGCAGGCCUCGACCAAUACACAGUUGGAUGGUACAAUUAUACCUCAAUGUGAGGAAGUCAUUGAUACUAAUUUAAAUGGCAUUGAUAUAAUAGAAGAAACCAGUGAAGAGUGGCAGGUCAUGGAAUAUUUUGAAAGCAUCACGUGUGAAGAAGAGCAAAAACAAGAAAUUCAUAUACCAAAUAUAAACUUAAGUAAUGAUAUCGGGAGCACAGAAAGUAAUGCUACACAUAUAAAUGAAACAAAAUUUACUUGCGACUCCUGCGGUGCAGUUUUCAUACAGGCAGCUAAUCUUCAAAGACAUUUGGAAAAAGUGCACUUUUUAUUGCAACCAUAUACCUGUCCGAAUUGUAGUCACACGUUUUCUUUUGAGAACACGUACAUAAAUCAUAGUAUUAGUUGUGUAAAAUCCAAUGAUCAGAGUUAUCCAGCAAAUAACAAUUCUACGAAUAAGACAGUGUCAAUCUCAUCUCAGCGGGAAUGCGUAUACUGUGGCAAACAAAUGCAGUCAAACUUCGCUCUUACCAUGCACCUACGUACACAUACCGGAGAAAGGCCAUACAAAUGUGAACAUUGUGUCAAAGCUUUCAAAACUCAAUCAGCUUAUACAAUGCACUUGAAACGUCACGGCCGAAUGCCGGAUUAUUCAUGUUCAAUAUGCCAUAAAACUUUCUAUGAAACCAGCAAUUUGACGGCGCACAUGCGGACGCACACUGGAGAAAAACCUCAUUCUUGCACCUUAUGCCAAAAACGGUUCUCACGUGUCUUCCUCUUACAAUUGCAUAUGCGAACACAUACUGGAGAAAAACCAUAUCAAUGCAUGACCUGUAAUCGGAGCUUUGCUCAGCUAUGUGAUUUAAAGAAUCACGAGCGUAUACAUACUGGCGAAAGGAAGUAUAAAUGCAAUAUAUGCGGAAAGACCUUUAUAAAAAGGUAUUCUCUCAAGGCGCAUAUGGAUAGACAUGCCAUUCCACAGCCUGAAGAGGAAACCAUAUCCAAUGAAAAAAAUUUGGAAGUUUUAAAUGUAAAAAAUGAACCAAUGGAAGAUGAAUCCGCCAAGUAUAUGCUUGAGAAUAGCAUGUUGGAAGGUGAUAGUUACUUUCUUUCCAAAGUUCCUGAAAACAGCUUUUGUAAUCUAUCAUAUGAAGAGGUUCCCCACUUGAGUGAAUCUAAUUCAGAACUUGUUUGGAGUGAUUUUAUAGUUGAGGAUAUAUGAAAAGAGUUGGAGUAGGAGUUUACAUCGAUGUAUGUACAUGAAUACUAUUAAGAGAAAUUAACAUAAUGGAAGAUUUAUCAAUUAAAAAGAAAAUGAGAUUUCUUUAAAGAGAACCAGCAACAUAAAUUUAUUGUUGAAUACUUUCGUUAAAUUUGUUUAUACAUUAACAUAUGCCGUUUUAUACAGUGGAUUAUUUAAUACAUACAAUAAAUCUUAAUACGCAGUUAAAUGUAUAAAAUAAUUAUGGGCAUUCAUUUAUACAUUAACAAUAAAUAAUUUAUAAAAAGGAAACACACACUUGUUUCAAUGGUUAUUGAUAAUGAUAUCGUAUGGUUCGUCACCAAGUGGAUUCAAAUCGAAUUUCAAGGUAUAAGUAAGUAAAUUGAAACACAUACACAUGUAUUCAAUGUAUGUAUAGAUAUUAUUUGAUGCUGAUACUUAUGUACAAGUUACUAAUAUUAAACUAUUGAAAUGCGUUUGAAUCGGACUUGAAUGGACGAACUUAUCUUAACUUAAUUAAUUUAACAAAUAAUAAACUUAAGACAACACUGUGAAACACUGUAACUAUGUCCAAGACGCUGUGUGAUUUGAUGACACCGAAGUCGAUUAUGUUUGUAGCAGAUUUUGUAGUUUGUCCCCAACGAGAGAAUCGAUAGUCUGGUGGUCGUAAUUUCAUUAUGUUUUGUUUUUCGUUUAUUAUUGAAUUUAUUAUUUGCUGUUGAGCAGUGCAUUCAAUUCAUUUCGCAAGCCUAUUGGCAUAUGUAUAUCGAAAUUAUGAAAAUUAAAUACUUGGCUCAUCAAAUAUUUG